AUGGCGCUUUCAACGCGUAAGUUAACGCACGCACUAAUUCCUUCUUUCGAACGCACGCUCAAUCUGCCGGCUAACACCGGUUGCAGUCUGUUGCAUCAGACGCGCGAGCAGUUCAGCCUGGAGCAUCUGAAGCAGCUCGCCACCAAGGGCCUCUUGGCGGACGCAGCCGGGUACGUCGAGAGCUUCCUCCCGACCGGCCCCAGGAGCUUCGACGCCCAGGUCCUUUACAACUUCCUCUUGAUGCACCACUACAUUGCGAGUUUCGUUGCCGGAGACAAAGCCGCCCUUGGCCUCAUCCUGGACAACGAGUGGAUGCACUAUGUCACCUUCGCCCACGAAGCCGACGACGAUCGGCUGCCACCCCCUGUCAUGGCCCGCUCCGUGCUUUUCAUACAAGGCGUCAGGGCCUGCAUGGACUGGGAAGAAGUGAGGAGGAGCGCAGCCUUUUCUCUCGGCAAGUUGGUCUGGCAGACUCCAGAGCUGAGCGGGAGUCUCACAUUGCCGGCUAACCACAUAAUGCCGCAUGACGUACUCCCCAUCGGUCUUGGUUUCUGCCGGAGGCGCCAGGUGAAGAAACAAGUGCCCCGGGUAAAAUCAGUUGCUGUCGCGAGGGUUAUCAAGAGAAGCCGACGUCAUAUUAGACGCCUCAAGCGGUCAAGUUUCGAAUCCUUCCACGAGGCAAAGAAAUGGCUCUCCACUGUCAUUAAUAACAGUUUACAAGUUGGCAUGCCUUCAGAGUGCUAUGCACUUCAACCAAGUGGAAAGGAAGGUUCUACAAUUCUCCCUGUCUGGAACUUGCCAAACCAUGCUGGAAGCUGUGGGAUGACUGCAGUGACAAAUGCAGGAGGAAGAUAGCACCCAGAAGCUCUGGAAUGACUACUGAUCACAUUCUGGUGCAUUGUCCUUGUGCAACGCAGCUGUGGUUCAUUGUGGUUCAGAAACUUCAGUGGGAGAUACCGAUUCCUGAGCCAACAGACACACUUCAGGAUUGGUGGUCGAGGAGAGGAGACCUUAUGCCUUUUGAUAGAGGCGAGUGGAGGAUCCUUGAUGCUCUCAUUGUUCUCACAAUUUGUUCCAUCUGGGAGAAUCGUAAUGCUUGGACUUUCAAUGAUAGAAAAAAACACAGAGAUCGACUCCAACAGAUAGGAAGAGAGUGGGAGUUGGUGUU